AUUUUUUGAUUGCAUCGUCUGAAUAUGUCUCAUUAGCUAAAGUAAAUUAUUGGUUAAACACUCUUAUUUCAAAAGAGAGUUUCUUAAUGCUUAUCCUUGGAUGUUAGUGGGUUAACAUUCAUAUGUGGGCAGGCCAAUUUUGGUGCUAUGCUAGAAAAGCAUGCUGGUGAUGAGGAGCUACUGGAUCACUACUUAACACAAAGCAUAUGUUGUUCUAAUACAUCAUAUUUGACACCCAAUCCCAUGUUGCAAACUUCACUCUUAAGAGCAGAGCAGAUUUUCCUGUGACACAUCAAAUGAUCAAUUGUUAUCUGGGAAAAAACAGUUCUUAUGAUGUGUUUCCUUUUAAUCAAGCAUAUUGGUGAAGGCACUAUAUGUACCAGGGACAUGGUAAGACCUAUCUGCUUUGAAAUAAUCAAUAUUCACUAUUUGAAGGUGUUGGUAUCAGCAGAAGCUCCAAUUUUUCUGUGGAGAGCUCCAAAAUCGGAUGUCAAGUUCACUAUAAUACUACUUUGAAGGAAAAGAAACUGUCCUUGUCCCUCUUGAAUGACCAUAGGAAGGCCUGGUCAACCUGUUGACGCUUGCAGGAAGUUUAAUAUGAAGAUUCUACGUCAAAGAAGAUAGAGAAAAAAAGUGAAUCCCAGCCCAAAUAGCUUGAAGAAGAAAUUGGUGGAGGCAUGGAGCACUGCUUUCUAUAUAGAAAAAUGAAGACUCUAGAGAUUUCUUGGCCUCUCUGUCUAUGUCUUUCCACCAUUCAAUUCCUAUUCUGAUUUUCUCAGCAUGCAAACAAAGCUCAGAUCCAAUUAGGCAAUUACAAUUCAUCAGCAUUGAGAUAGUAUAUGAUGUUACACAGUGGGAAACAUUUGCAAAUCUAUCAAUAUACUGAUUAGAAACAAAAAGGAUCCUCUUGAUUGACUUCCCUGGAGUUGUUUCCCAGAAUGGCGACUCUAAAACAGAUACUGUACUAGUAGAACUGGUAUGUGUCACAAAUAUGGAGGAUGCUUCUGAACAUUUUGAAGGAGUUCUGAAGCAUGUAAAGAAAGAACAAUGGGAAAGAGCAAACAAGGACUGUUCAAUUGGGUGUACCCAGAUUCCUAGUUGCAGAAGUUGCACCAGUGGUUCUAUUCUUGGAUUUCUCGUUGCAGCUGGAAAAUAUAUAAUAGAUCCAAAUCAAGCUCCAAGAAAGUAAGUAAAACCAAUUGCUCUUCUUCACGAUUCUAAAGUUCAGAUUAUUACUCAAUGAUGAUGUGCAAGAUGGAGUGGUUGGGCAGCCUGGUUUGAAUUUGAAAACAAGGAACGAACCUGAAGCCUCAUUAACGGAAAUGUCCUUUUCUGCUUUUGCCAUUUCGACGUUAUAGAUUGUUGGAUACCUACACCAAAGAUGAGAACUUCUUUGUUUCUUGACCACGAGUGGGAGUCAUAUGCUAGUCAAUUGCUGCUAAAUAGUACCACUUUCUCUGCAACUGGUAAGAAAUGUAACGUGCAUCUUUUUGCACUACUGUCUUCAACCAGAGAUGAGUUAAAAAUGAAAAAUCAGGAACUUA